CAGGCAUCUGCCGAGCCGCUUCGUGAGCGGCGCAGAGCGGCCCGGAGCGGCUGGGCGGCUGGCUUUCUGCAGCUCCAGGCAUCCCAGUCUCCUGUCAUCGUGUCCUCAUCCCUGCCUACUGUUCCUGACCGUAGCUGUUUUAACCUGGGAAAGGAGAGUAAGCUCCGUGCGGGUCAGCAACGCCGCCGGGCCCAAGGUUCCUGCAACACCUGCUCUCCAGCGCACAGACUUGCCUGCUGUCGCUGACCUCAGCCAUCAUGCCCCGGGGACAGAAGAGCAAGCUCCGUGCUCGUGAGAAACGCCGCCAAGCCCGAAGUGAGACCCAGUGUCUCCAGGAAGCUCAGGCUCUCAGGGCACAGGAAGGAGAGACCCCUUCCUGCUCUUCUCUCUCUGGAGAUGCUGCUCCAUGCUCCUCUGCUGCUGGGCUUCCUCCGAAGUCCCAAGGAGCUCCACCCACUCCCGCUAUUGCAGGUGCGCCUUCACACAAAAAAUCUGGUAAAGGUGCUAAGGGCAAGAGGCCUGAAAGGGCAACUUCCUCUACGGCCACACGCUCUCCUGCGAGCUCAGAAAAAGAUCUCUUAAUGAAUAAGGCAGAAAUGUUGAUGCACUACCUGCUGUACAGGUAUCAAUUACAAGAGCCUGUGAGGAAGGGUGGAAUGCUGAAGAUUAUCCACAAAAGGUUCCGGCAGCAAUUCCCUGAGAUCCUCAAGAUGGCUGCUGAUCAGGUCGACCUGCUCUUUGGUCUUGAGCUGAAGGAAGUCAAGCCUGGGAGUGGCUCCUACACCCUUAUCAGCAAAUUAGAUGACCGCAACAGUGGCAGUCCAAUGGGUGGCUUGGACUUCCCCACAAAUGGGCUUCUGAUGCCUCUCCUUGGGCUGAUCUUCUUAAAUGGUAACUCUGCCUCUGAAGAAGAAAUCUGGAAAUUUCUGAGUAUUUUGAAGGUUUAUGAUGGGGAGGAACACUUAAUCUUUGGUGAGCCACGAAAGCUCAUCACCAAAGAUCUGGUAAAGUUAGGGUAUCUGGUAUACCGCCAGGUGCCUCAUAGUGAUCCUCCACGCUGUGAAUUCCUGUGGGGCCGAAGGGCACACAUUGAGACCAGCAAGAUGAAGGUCCUUGAGUUUUUGGCCAAGAUUAAUGAAACCAUCCCUAGUGUCUUCCGUUUCCAGUAUGCAGAGGCUUUGAGACAGGAGGAAGAGAGGGCUGACACCAAAGCUACAGCCAAGCAUGGCCAUACUUCUCUAUUUACUUGAAGUCCUAGGGGGAACUCCAGCCACUAUACCCCUCAGUGAGUUGUAAGAGUCACGUUUUGCUGUAUUUUUGAGGAGGGUUUCCUUCCUUACAGGUAGUUGGGGGUUGACAUGGAGAUCAUUAUACAUUCCUAUAUUCCUGUUAAACUCUUGUAUCUUUCAAAUGUUUUUUUUUUUUCCCUUUUGGUAGAGUAUUGGUUUAACUUCAGAAUGCAUGGUUAUGAAUUAACCAGCUCACACAUAUAUUGUUGCCACAAAAUUAUGCGUAUUAAUUUUAGCUUUCUUUAACACAUUUAGAAAUCUUCGUUUACUUCUUUGUGUUAAGAGUAAAUGCGUGGCUUUGGAAUGGAGGUAUUUCUUGGCAAUGUGCGAAAGAGCCCCCCAAAAUAUAGCUGGGGUCUUAAAGCAGUAAUAGCGAAGUGAAACAUACUCAAAAUACUGGUUUGCCUCUUUUUUUGUAAAGUUCAAAGAGAUGUACCUUGUUGCCUUUAACUGAUUCAAGAAUACGA